AUGCAUUUGCUUCAAUAUAAUCACAUCUAUCUAUCUAUCUAUCUAUCUAUCUAUCUAUCUAUCUAUCUAUCUAUCUAUCUAUCUAUCUAUCUAUCUAUCCCAACUGGUCCAUAUUCAUCUGUCCGCUUUAGAGAGAUCAAUAUUAAAAUAUUAAAGACAUUUCUGAUUCUCUUUUUCUUUCCGUUUUUCUUCGGCUUUUUAAGUUCUUUCUUAUUGUCUUUUGUUUUCUAUUUCUUUCUUUUUAAUCGCACUUCAUUAACAUUCUUUCUUUCUUUCUUUCUUUCUACACCUGUCUUCUUUCUUUCUUUCUUUCUUUCUUUCUUUCUUUGCAUGCCUUAUACGUUUUAUUUUUUUCCUCUCCCAUUUUGUACUUUGCUGCGCCUUCAACGGAAGUCUGUCGUUUUUCUCUUGUUCUUCUUCAUCAUUUUUUUGUUCCUUUUUUUAUUUAUUUUUUCUUUCUUUCUUUUGUUAGUCUUUUCUUUUGCUAUUUUCUUUUUUCUUGUGUCUCCGCAGUUAGUAUCUAUCUAUCUAUCUAUCUAUCUAUCUAUCUAUCUAUCUAUAUAUAUAUAUAUAUAUAACAAGCUCACUGUCAUCUAUCUAUCUAUCUAUCUAUCUAUCUAUCUAUCUAUCUAUCUAUCUCAAGCUAUUGAUUUAUCUAUCUAUCUAUCUAUCUAUCUAUCUAUCUAUCUAUCUAUCUAUCUAUCUCAAGCUAUUCAAUUUCUGUUUAUAUCUCUGAGAUUGAUCAUUAUCUAUCUAUCUAUCUAUCUAUCUAUCUAUCUAUCUAUCUAUCUAUCUAUCUCAAGCUAUUCAAUUUCUGUUUAUAUCUCUGAGAUUGAUCAUUAUCUAUCUAUCUAUCUAUCUAUCUAUCUAUCUAUCUAUCUCAAGCUAUUCAAUUUCUGUUUAUAUCUCUGA